UUCUUCUCUGUUCUGAUCAUUACACAGUAUCAGACACCUGUAAGAGUUGACGACGAUGGAGCAAUUCCGGCAGAUUGGAGAGGUGAUUGGAAGUCUCAAGGCAUUGAUGGUCUUUCAGGAUGACAUACAAAUUAAUCAGCGACAGUGUUGCUUGCUGGUUGACAUGAUGAAUCGUGCUUAUAAAACAAUUGCCAAGGAGAUGCAACAGAACCUGAGAUUUGAAGAGAAGAGUACGAAAUGGAAGGUGCUUGAAAGUCCCUUAAGAGAGCUCCUCAGGAUAAUUAGGGAAGGAGAAAUUUACAUCCGGCAGUGCCUAGAAACGAAGGACUGGUGGGUUAAAGCUAUAAGGCUUUAUCAGAAUUCAGACUGUGUUGAGUUCCAUAUACAUAACCUGCUCUGCUGCAUCCCCAUUGUUAUUGAAGCAAUUGAAAUUGCUGGAGAAAUGUCAGGAUGGGAUCAAGACGAGAUACAAAAGAAGAGACUUCUUUACUCGUUGAAGUAUCGAAAAGACUGUAAAGAUCCCCGAAUCUUUCAGUGGAAGUUUGGUAAUGAAUAUCUAGUUAGCCAAGAUUUCUGCAAUAGGUUACAUUCAGUGUGGGAUGAGGAUAGAUGGGUUCUGUUGAGAAAACUCCAAGAGAUACAAAUUUCUGGUUCAGUAAGUUCAACAAAGCAGGAGCAGCGACUCGCUGAUCUUCUUCUGAAGAACUUAAGUGUGUCAGGACCAGUUGAAGAGAAGCUCCUGCCUUCCUCCACCUUAGUGAGCUCUAAGGAUUACCAGGUCAGGCGGCGGUUAGGAAGUGGAAGCCAGUACAAGGAGAUUCAAUGGUUGGGUGAAAGCUUUGCUCUGAGACACUUUUUUGGGGACAUUGAACCAAUGUUUCCAGCAAUCUCUCAAGAAUUAGCUCUUACUCAUCCUAAUAUUAUGCAUAUCUUUUGUGCAUUUACUGAUGAGGAAAGAAAGGAAUGCUUCUUAGUUAUGGAACUCAUGAACAGAGAUCUUUCCAGUCAUAUAAAAGAAAUUUGUGGACCAAGGAAGCGAAUUCCAUUUUCUCUUCCUGUUGCAGUUGACCUUAUGCUUCAGAUUGCAAGAGGAAUGGAAUAUCUCCACUCAAAAAAAAUCUAUCACGGAGAUUUGAAUCCUUCAAACAUUCUUGUAAAAUCCAGAAACAUCAAUACAGAUGGUUACUUGCAUGCAAAAGUUCGCACAUUUGGACUUCUCUCCUCUGUCAGCCUCCCUCAGAAAUCCAAUUCCAAUCAGAAUGGGCAGCUUCCAGUCAUCUGGUACGCUCCAGAGGUGCUAGCAGAUCAAGAACAAUCAGGCAAUGCUGAUAACUCCAAGUACACGGAGAAGGCAGAUGUGUAUAGUUUUGGGAUGAUUUGCUUUGAGCUUUUAACAGGGAAAGUCCCUUUUGAAGAUGGCCAUCUCCAAGGAGAUAAAAUGAGCAGAAACAUUAGAGCAGGGGAAAGACCACUAUUCCCAUUUCACUCGCCAAAAUAUUUGACGAAUUUGACAAAAAAGUGCUGGCACGAUGACCCAAACCAACGUCCAAGUUUUGCAUCCAUCUGCAGAAUUCUCCGGUACAUAAAGAGAUUCUUGUUGAUGAACCCUGAUCAUAGCCAGCCAGAAACCCCAGUGCCACUCGUGGAUUACAGUGAAAUUGAGACAGUGAUCUUGAGGAGCUUUCCUUCUUGGGCAGAAUCCAAUAUGUUGCCCAUAUCAGAGAUUCCCUUUCAGAUGUUUGUAUACAGGGUAGCAGAGAAGGAAAAAUCAAAUACAAGCCAGAGAGAAAAUUCUGAAUCAGGAAGUGAUGCUUCAGCAUGUGGGGAUGAAAGUGCAACUGUGGAUGAUCCAUUACCAUCACCCUCUGAAAGGAGGUCUUGUGCCUCUCCAGAAACUAUGAACAGGAGAAUGCUAUCGUCCAAAAAAUCAGCAGAUGUCAAACCCAUUAAACAGCCAGGGACACCAAAGGGUCGAGUAAGGCCCCCUCCUAUGUCUUCUUGUGGACGGACUAUGAGGAUGAAUUCAGAAAGCCAGUUAAUGGUAAUGAGUCCAAGACGGAGAGCAUCUGGUCACGUAUCAGAUUCAGAGCUCUCAUAGCCCUUUGUACGAGAGUAUACAAAUUAACCAGAAAUAUGCCCCGAAAGCAAACCAAAUGGAAGUGGCAUGCACAUCCACUCGCAGUUUCUGGGCAGAGUGGAGAAUCUAGGGAUAGUGCACAAAGUCAUGGUUUCUAUUACUCACAGUUUGCUGGUAUUAGAGACUUAGAGUGAAGUGAUUAAAUAGAAAUCUAAAAAAUUGCCAAAUGCAAAGACAAUGUUGCUAUGCACCGUCAGACCCGGAGACCGUAGAGGCUCCUACAAGACCUCAGUUGUGAAGCUAGAAGUUCUUUGUUUUAGCCAAAUUUUUUGAAGAUCAGUGUGACUAUACUAAGUUCCUCAUGUGAGGUACUCCAAGAUAAAAAUGUGAUGGAAGUCAUCUUUUUGGUGUUUGCUCUAGCAGGAUUCUGAAGUCUUGUUUUCCCCUGGAUUUCUGGUGGUUUCAUUCCUGAUAUGUAUCUCUUUGUGGGGAUUUGCCGGAUCAACAAGAUUAUGUGUAAAUGCCCUCGAGAUGUGUUCAUCAGAACCAAACAAUCACAAUCUAAAGUUAAGGCACCAUUGAU